AAUUUCAGGUAGAUAUUGCUCCCACACCGAAGCAAGAUGAUACGACUAUUCCUGUACGUGACGCUGUUAUUUUGUGUGUAUAUGCUAUGCGAGGGAAAUGAUUCAAUUGUUGAAAAGAAAUUGGAACAUUUGGAAAAUAUCAUUUCUGGAAUGCAGACCUUCAUUAUGCACGACAUGUUACUGAUGAAAACAAAAUUAGCUGAGACGGACAAGAAAAUAGAGCAGAUAUUCGAUCGACUUGAUAACACACAGGGUGUCCCCCGUCUAGUCGAAAAGCACGAUGAAUCCUACGUUAACAUGGAACUACAAAUGAGAUUCACAGAACUCACAAACAAGUUUGAGACUAAACUGGGUGGAUUAGCACAGACUUUGUCGAAUCAAACGAAGGCAAUUGCAGAUCUUGAACACAAAUUUGAAAAUAGUAAAAUUAACUCUAACAAUAAGAUGUUUGAAAUGACGUUGAACAGAAUUAAACACGCCUUUAUGCACGAAAAGGUUAUCUUGGCUAAGGAAUCUCGUUCCCUUCAUGAAACAUCAGAAACGUUAAGGACAGUAUCCAAAAACAUCAUGACAGAUGUCAUCACUGCUAUCGAAGCGUUGAACAGGACACAAGCAACUUCUGUCAAUAAUAUGAAACUAGAGUUUCAAACUGUGGCUGUAUCUGUUAAAGAGGACUUCAGAGAAACAGUUAAUAAUAUAUCUCAAGAUGUUGUCAAAAUUAUCAACGACACUGGAAACUAUCUGAUAGGAAAUGUCUUAGAACUGAAAACGUAUCAGACCAAAUUCAACAAUUUAACAAUUGCCCAAAUACAGGAAAUACAGCUACUUCAUUCUCGACUUGAUGAUAUUUACUUAAUCACGAAUAGCGAUAGCAUCAAGUUAAAUAUGGUAUAUGAAGUUACUACAAUGAACUAUGGGUUUAUUGGAAAUAACCUGUAUUACAGUUAUACCGAAUUGAGUGGCACUGUUUCACCAUCAGUUGAGUAUUAUUUCUACGUGCCCGGCGCCAGAGCAAGGCUUGCCAAUGUCACAAGGUACGACACAAACGGUGUUCAGGGUCGACUGGAGGUUGACGUGAAUGGAGAGUGGGGGACAGUGUGUAAUACGAACUUUGAUACUAAAACUAGCCCAAAUGGUGAGGCAGAGGAAGAAAAUGUUUCCUGUAGAACCCUGGGUGCGGGGUUCACCAAAGGGUUGGCCCUGCCCGAAUUUCCCUUUGGUCAGAGUGCGGGGAAAAUGAUCAUGGAUAAAGACUGUGAUGGCCAUGAAAGUUCAUUAUUUUAUUGUAGGGACUGGGGCGAUUCAACCAUUUGUGGGCAUGAAAGGGAAGUACACUUGCGCUGUUUUGAAUAAAGUCUCGGAGUGGAAACUGGACGUUUGUUACUGGAGUGAGGACUGUGAUUUGGAUAGUGAUUAAAUGUUUAUGUAUAUUGUACUAUAAUAAAACAAAUAUUUUACACAAUAUUUAACUAAAAGCUGAUGUUGCAUAUGCACUCUGUCUGCAUCCGCCUUCUGCAUUUGCUCUCUGCAUCCAAUUUCCGCGUCGUCGACCGCAUGCGUGGUUCGUAUCGUCAUCUGCUUCCGUCAUCCGCAUCCUUCACAUUGUCAUCCAAAUCGUACAAUUCAUAACAGACUAAAAUGGAAAAAUGGUCGUAACGAAACAUCGGAUCACUCGAGGCUUAAAAUCGUACCCCGGCGUCCUCGAGCGAUAGCAGUUAUCUGUAUUUGUAUACCAGUUAUUUAAUGUUUGGUCCGAUAAAAAACUGUCAUGACAUAGUGUGAAAAGACUGGGGUGAUGGAGGAGGGGUAAAAAAACAGAAUCAGGCACAUGUAUGUCCUAAAUAUCAAAAUCAGGGACAUGAAUAUCUUAAAUACCAUAAUCAGGCUCAUGCAUGUUGUAGACAACAGACUCGUGCAUGCAUGUCGUUGGCAACAUAUCCAGGAACAUGGAUGUCUUUGACAACAAAUCAAGGAACAAGGAUGUCUUAGACAACAAAUCCAGGAACACGCAUGUCUUAGACACCAUAUCCAGGAACAUGGAUGUCUUAGACACCAUAUCCAGGAACAUGGAUGUCUUAGACACCAUAUCGAGAAACUUGGAUGUCGUAGACAUCAUAUCCAGGAACGUGCACCAUAUCAAGGAACAUGCAUGUCAUAGACAACAUAUCCAGGAACAUGGAUGUCUAAGACAACAUAUCCAGAAACAAGGAUGUCCAAGAACAUGCAUGUCUUAGACAUCAUAUCCAGGAAAAAAGAUGUCUAAGACACAAUAUCCAGGAACGUGCAUGUCGUAGACAACAAAUCCAGGAACAUGGAUGUCUUGAACAACAUAUACAGGAACAUGCAUUAACGAUCAUGCAUAUCGUAGUCGACAUAUUGAGGCUUAUGCUUGUGACAGACAAAAUAUUCAAAUUCUCGUAUUUCACAGAUCAGAUAUUGAGGCUCAUUCAUUUCCUUUAAUAAACUUUCUUCUUCGUCUUUCGUAUACAACAGAGUUGGGAGCAUGCAUGUCUAAGACAUCAUAUAUAUGCCUAUCCAUGAACAUAUUCUGGUUCAUGAAUGUCUUCUAACAUUUUUCAUGACCAACACUUUCUGACAACUCAACGUCUUAUAAUAAUGACUACCUCGGACUUUAAAAUGAUGUGUUUCACAAGGAAAGUGAUCUUACUCAUUACAAAUGCAUAAAAAACACAAAUAUGGUUUAACUUAACGUUUUUGUUGCCUUCAAUUGUACUAGUAUCAUUUCCGAACAAAGAGGGACAAUAUUUUUACGCAACAUUAUGCUUAAGAGACAAGAUAAAUAUGACAUGACGAUGUGGAGAAAACUUAAGAAAUGUAUCAACAAUUUCAAAACAGUUUGUUAAAAUAAACUUAAAGCCAUGAUCACAAUUAUCAAAAUAGUACAAGGACCUCGGGAAAGAUCAGAAACAACCACUAUUGUUCGCAGCUGUUGCGUGUUUCCGUUCGGCAUUUAAGGAAUCCGACACACAAAUAAGCCUUCUGGUUGCUCCAUUAACCAUAAUGUUAAAUGUAGAUGCCUGGUGACCCCAUGUAUAACUUAAACGUGUAUUGAUUAUGUAAAUGAAAUGACCUGAAACAUACAAUUAUUUUAAUGAGUAUAUCUGCUCUUUUAUCAACUGAAAUCGGACGUGAACUUACAUAUUUGCAAUUGUUUAAGGUCAAACAAUCUAUCUUUACUGAUCUUUUUUCCUUUUCAUUUUCUGUACAUAACAUUCUUUAAAAGAAUGAGAAAAUAUAGGGUCAGAGUCUACCGAAAUCACUCAUUUGUGAGUCGGAAACCUUUCAUAUUAGAUAUAAAAAAAUGUCGUACUAAGUGGCUUUCGUUCAAUUGCGGAAGGAAAUAUCUCCUUUCACACAAUUUAAACACUUUGUACGUACAUUCUUUUAUUGUUUAACCAUGUAUAUAUAAAUAGAAUUAUGGGAGGGAAACGCUGAAUAUUGCAUUCAGCGUAAUUUUGUGAUCAUAAGUCCAAACAUUUUUCGUUUUCUUAAAAUUUAAAUAAGAAAAAGGCAGUUUUUCACUACAGUUUUUCACUACAUUGAAAAUUGUUACUAAGAAACAUAUUGAAUACGGCCCCUGAAAACAGAAGAAAAUAAACAUUUUAAGCGUCCAAUUAGAAAUUGGAUAUAAUAUAACAAUGCCAUGGACAGUUUUGAGAAGUUAGUUUAAUGUUGUACAAUAUAAUCAUAGGCUUUGUGUUUCAUGGGUUUGUAAGUGGAUAUACCCUUGAUGAUCAUCUUGACUUCAUUCCAUUCAAUGUUAACUUAACCAACACAUGCUCGUGCUUUUGUGUAUUGUUCUAAUAAGAUGAACUUCAUUUCAGCUCAUAUUAUUAUCAGUUUGUGUUUCAAGGUAUUUGUGUUAACCUUGUAACCAGAUUGUAUAAUUUGAUAUGUUUGCAAUUAUAUCAUCCAUUUUAUUUAGAAAAAUGUUUCUGCAAACAUGUACGAGUUAUUUACAAACUUUAAAACUAAUUAGGACUGAUAAAGAAAUAUGAAGUAAAACUGUUUACCCUAUUCUUUAUUACACACGUGUACGUUAAGCACAGAAGAGAAGAGAAAAUUCAUUUAGAAUUGUCCAAACUAUAUAAAAAAUAUAUCAACGUAAACAUAUAAUAAAAUUGAUGUGUAUUGGUCAAAAGCAGUAAGACAUUAUAGUCAAAAUAAAAAAAAACUUGCAGGUUGAAUUUAUCAUUUAUUAAGGCUGUAUGUGAAGUUUAUUCAAAUACUAGCCAUCAUUACAAUUUUAAAUGCAUGUUACAAAAUACACCUAUACCGAUAAUGAGUCCUUUGUACAAUAAAUUGUGGAAAUACAAUGUCUUUA